AUUACCGGAAAUGCAUUCACGAGAACUUAUGACCCCACUAUGUAAUGUUUUUAGACGAAACGUAGCGUUAUUUUGAAAUAAAUCAAGUAUUAUCCUCGUCGUAGCGCUGGAAAUCAGGUAAUUACAAACUUGCAAAAUAAAAUUUGUAUUUUAUUUAAACACCAUAUUUAGAUGUACAAAAUCAGUGUGUUAUGCAGUAUUUUGUAUGACAGUAGCGGCCUUAUUCCGAUUUCGAUGAACCCGCAAUAAUAUUAUAAUAUUCUAGUAAUUAUUUGAACAGAUUUGUGGAAAUAAUAAGUUAGACUAACAAAGUGAUUGAGAAAAACCGAAAUAAUUGCCCAAUGCAGUAAAAAUUACUCUGCAUAAAGUAUAUGUAGCACUCAUUUAAUAUUUUAUCAGUAUAAAUAUUAUUGCGAAAUAUGUAUACAUAUCUCCAAUAUUUUUUGGGAAUCUUAAAUGUUAACAUUUUUACCUCGCUGAGACACGAGGAUGUCAAUGAUUGUAUUACAGAAUUGUAUUACAGAAUUAGUAAAUGACCAACUAGUAAUGUACAGAUGCACAGGUAAUUUGCAGGUGUGACUGACGAAUCCAAACUUUGGACACCUGCACCUGUUGCCAAAACAGGUGCAGGUGUUAAGUUUAAUCUGUAAUCUUUUGAUACUUUGACCAUUUCUGGACAGGGUUGUUCCAAUCAAUAAAACAAGUUUAUGAUGAUUAAUUGCUUAAUUGGAAAGUUGCUGUAUUGCUUUAUUCAAAUAGUAAAUCUUCUGAAUAAAUUUAUUCGUUAAUUCAAUGGAUAAACGUCAGUAUUUUGGCCUGUGAUUGUAUUGCUUUAUUGGAAAUUCUUAGAUUACCAGAUCAAAUUUUCGGGUGGAAAAAAUUCGAUCUAUUUAUGUAAUUUGAUAAAAUUUGGGAAAAUGUGUGUAUGCAUUUCCAUACCCGGUUAUGUAAAUAAAUGGCGAUGUUAAAAUCUAAUACCGUAAGAUCUUAAAAAUUAAUUCGUUACACGAAAAAAUUAAUUAAAAUUUUCCAUUCUAAAUUUUUUGUAUACUGAACACUGUAGUCAUUCGAUUAAUUGUACACAAAGCCAACAGGUGCACUAUUGAUCACUUAAUAAUAAAAUCAUUAUUGAUAAACUGGGAAUUUUGUAAAAUAUUCCUUUAAAUUGGCAACCUAAGCCGAAUUAUGGCAAUCAUAGUCUCAUGAAGCAUAGAGACGUAAACAUAUUUAGAUAUCCCUUAAGAAUGAAAAUUACCAUAAUUUUUGCCGUUCUAAUACCCGUCGCACUCGGUGGGGCGGUCGCACCUGGAAGAUGUGACUCUGGAGAUGAGUCGGGGGCCUCGAUUCCGGUAAAUUUAAUCGUUCCAUCCUGCAUGGCCCCUCCUUGCGUUCUUCGAAAGGGACAUACUUACGAGGUUGAGGUGGAUUUUGACGUUCCGCGAAAUACGAACAAUUUAACGGUUAAAGUGACCGGGAUAAUUGAUGGGUUAGAGCUUCCAUGGAAUGGCGUACCGGUGAAUGGUUGUGACGACAUCUUGGUCGGCUGGUGUCCCAUGGCGGCGGGUGAUUACUGGACGUAUGGCGUUGCCAUAAAGGUGGAACCGAUUUACCCCUCGACUCCAUUAAUUGUUAAGUGGCAAAUGAGGGACGAUACGGGACAAGCCAUUUGGUGUUUUCACCUGCCUGCUGAAAUAACUGCGUAAUAACCGAGUCUUUGUCAGAUAGCAUGAUUAAAUAAUUAAUUCAUUACAUAAUUGCUUUAAUCAAUAAAUAUGUA